CCCCAGUCCCCCUCCCUUUUCCCCAAGUCCCGCCUCGGCCCCUGGUUUUGAGCUCUCCUGGAAGCCCCGCCCCUUUCCUCGGCGCACCCACCCAGGAGUCUCCGUACGCCCAAGGCCCGCCUCUUACGGAAGCCUAGGAGGAAGGGAAACAACAGACCCCUGGGCCGCCGUGGUCAUGGAACGGCCCGUCAAAAAGAUGAGGCACCUCAAGAGGCUCAGGUUGCAUGUCAUGACCUGGAACGUGGCAUGUGCUUCACCCCCGACCAACGUCGAUGACUUGCUCCUGCUAGAUAGAGAAUCUUUGAACACAGACAUGUAUGUCAUUGGUUUACAGGAAGUAAAGUGUGGCAUCAUCAAUUACCUUUCUGAGUUGGCAUUUGAAGAUCCAUGGAGCAAGCUCUUCAUGAACGUGCUUUCCCCUCUGGGUUAUAUAAAGGAGACCUCCAUAAGGAUGCAGGGGCUCCUUCUGCUGGUCUUUGUCAAGCGCCAGCACGUGCCCUUCAUUUCUGGCAUCUACACUAACUACACCCGCACAGGCCUCGGUGGCUACUGGGGGAACAAAGGGGGAGUUGCCAUCUGCUUUCGGCUAUAUGGCUAUGCUAUCUGCCUCCUCAACUGCCACCUGCCAGCCCAUCUGUCCAACAUUGAUCAGCGGCUCAGUGACUUUGACAAGAUCCUAGAGAUGCAGAACUUUGAGAAAGAAGACAUCCCCAACAUCCUGGACCAUGAUCUCCUCCUCUGGUUUGGUGACCUAAACUUUCGCAUUGAGGAUUACGGGCUGUGCUUUAUCCAGGAAUCCAUCAGCAAUGAGGAGUACAGCCUCCUCUGGAGGAAAGACCAGCUUAACAUGAUUAAGAAGACAGAUUCACUGCUCCAGCAGUUCCAGGAGGGUCCUCUGCUCUUCCAGCCAACCUAUAAAUUUGACGUCAACUCAGAAAAUUAUGAUUCCAGUGAGAAAAGACGAAAACCAGCAUGGACUGACCGCAUCCUCUGGAGGCUGAAGCGGGAGCUCUUAACUAACCCUGGGGACUCUGGGAAAUGUGAUCGCUUCUUCUCUCUGAUGUUGAAGAAUUAUGAAAGCCAUAUGAAAUAUAAAAUCAGUGACCACAAGCCAGUCACAGCGACCUUUGAGCUGGAGCUGAAGUCCCUCCUGUUAAGCCCACCAGUCACCUUGAUUCCUGAGGGUCAGUGGAUCACACCUUACGAUCUGAUGGUCAGCUACAACCAGAGUCCUGACUUCAUCAGCAGCCCCUGGGACUGGAUUGGCCUCCACAAGGUUGUGAUACGCCAUGCGAAGGACUAUGUGAACUAUGCUUGGGUCAAGGACAACUUGGUCUCUUCACGUGACGGGCGUCACCAGGUUUACAUCAAUGCUAGUGGUUUCCCAGAGGAAGGGGGAGAGUUUCUCCUCAGUUACUAUAGUAACAACCUUCAGGCUAUAGUGGGGCUGAGUGAACCCUUCCAGAUCGCUAAAAAUGCCAUGACCCCAGAUGACUGGAGAGAAAAGAAAGGAGAUCCACUGAUGUAUUGAGCCAGGGUGAAUGCCUAAAUAGGGGUCGCAGCUCCCCCGGAUGGCUGUUGCUUGUGUGUCCAGCUCUCUCAAGAUAGGGGCACCCCAUGCAGAGCACCUGCCUCCCCUAAUCACCUCCUGGUUCACCAUUCAGGACUGGGAUUAGGUUUCACUUACCAGGAUAUGGAUGAGGCCAGCUGCUCCAUUUGCAGUGUGUACUCAAGGACAGUCAGCUGAGUGAGAGGGGGAUUCUUCUAUCCUCCUUCCUUCCCGGGCUUCGCCCUGCCCCAUAACCCAGGUAGGGCUGAUUGCCUUCAAAACGCCCUCAGUGGGGCUGCCAGCCACAUGCCCCAGCUGGCACCUGCCCCAUAUUCCUGUGACUCCAUCUCCAGGGCUCUGGCUGGCAGGGGUGGGGAGAUCGAUUUGUACAGGAUCCUCUGACCAGUUGGCAGCAGCCCUCCAAGAUUUAGGAAGAAUCUUGGAAUCUUGCCAGCAUAUCCCUCUUCCAGUGGCAGGGCAGGGGUGGCAUAGUGAUGGGCAUGUCCUAAUGUGUUCUUUUAGUGUGGAGAAUUAGGCCUAUAGCUUUGGUGUAGUAGCAGAUUGCUAAGUAUCUUCUCAAGAGGGUCCUGGAUCAGGAAGCCCCUUUGGCCAGGAGAUACAGCCUGAGGUCAUGGGGUGGGGAGAGUUCAGUCCAUUCUGAUGCCUCCUGCCCUUGGCUGUGACACAGCUGAGGCUCCAGCCUUCCCAGGAGGAGCUCUAAGACUUGUGGCCCUGAACCCUGUCAUCUUCACCUUCUUUCAGCAUUUCUGGGAUACCUCACCCCAACAACCAGGUCUUACGAGCCAAUUCACAUAGCAUCAUUGUACUGUGAGAUACCAGCCCACAGGAAACAGCUUUGGGACCCCUCUGCAUGCACUGGGCAAGCUGAUAGUUAAGGCCAUCUGGGGAUCUUUAAAAAAACAUUCCUCUCUGGGUACUGUCAUGAAAUUUUAAGUCAUUCAACUCCACCCCUAGCCAUGGGGGGUCAAUGGCAACUCUGCCUUAGUCUCGUAGGAAAGACCAUCUCAGGGAGCCCGCUCGGUGACAUCACUGUGGUUCUUUCCUCCCUCCUUCCCGAAGGCCCAUGGAGGGGGUCGAUUCAGUGACUGUGGAGCCCCUUUCUCCACAGAGAAGCUCCCUGAGGGGGGCUCCAGGCUACUUGACAUUUCCCCUUUGGAAGCCUUGCAUGUCAACUUCCUGUGCUUCUGCUGUCCCUGCCCUGGUUCCCCAGCAACUUGAGUCUGUGCGUCUGUGUCUGUUACAUUUGAGAAUAGAGAUGUGGCUUUUAGAGUGGC